UUGCUGCACGUUGUGAGAAUCGUUUGUGCUUUGCUUCUAUUACUUGAGCCAUCAAUGCUGUGCGGCCUUUCGGAAAAAGAAAAAGAAAAAGCUGCUGUUUACUGGAACAUCCCAAUGGAUGUGAAACAGGAGACCUGUGACGUGGACACAAAUAUCAUGGAGAAAACUGUAAAUAUUAAGGAGGAUGACUGUGAGUGGGAGUCCAUCUACCUUAAACAGGAAAGUCUGAGCAUCAAGGAGGAGGACAGUGAACUGCAGCCAGUGGGCAUUAAAGAAGAACCUGAAGAGAAGUCUGUCAGUAUUGAGAUACAUAACCAUACAAAUCUGGACAGUGUAAAAGAAGACACCCUUCAUGAUGGGUCUGAAGAUGGAUUGGUGACCAGGUUAGACUCUUCUCAUAGCAGACACUGUUCAUCUCCAGAGCCUUCUAUCAAUGUGAAAUCUGAAUCAUUAGAGUCUGAUCCAAAGAGGGCUGAGGAAUCUACAUCUGUUAGAGAUCAGAAAAAUAAGCAACCACCUUCAAAAAAGUCUGGAAAAAGAAAGAAAGAUCACUGCAGUGUGGAAUGUGGCAGAGAAUUCUCUAACAGGAGUGCUCUUCAGAAACACAUGAGAGUUCACACGGGAAUGAAGACAUAUAUCUGUAAUGAUUGUGAGAUGGCCAGUCUACAGAAACACAUGAGAGUUCACACGGGAGAAAAGCCGUAUUGCUGUAAUGAAUGUGGCAAACAGUUUUCAGAGAUGGGCAGUCUUCAGAGACACAUGAGAGUUCACACGGGAGAAAAGCCGUAUUGCUGUAAUGAAUGUGGCAAACAGUUUUCAGAGAUGGGCAGUCUUCAGAGACACAUGAGAGUUCACAACAGGAUAAAAACAGUAGAAGUUCAAAAAUCAGUCCAGAAAAACAAGAACCCUUCAGGACUCAAAAAUGAGGUUCAGUCCUGUCCUGAAAAGUAA